AUGGACGGCGACGUCGACGAAACCGUUGGCGAAAAGGGUAACAGUGGCGGGGGCAAUCGUCAGCGACAGCAGCAGCAGCAGCAGCAGCAGCAGCAGCAGCAGUUGCUGUGGCCGCCGCAGGCGCAGCCGCAUCAGACGCUGCUUCCGCAGAUGGUGCUUCCCGCAAGACUAGACUCAGCGGGUAACGCGGCGGGAGAGGCGGGCGGGGCAACCACUUUCAACCCGCUCCCCUUCCGGGACCUAACCCUCCCCGCAUACUCCCUCAUCUCCUCCCCGCACUCCCCCUCGCGCUCCCCCCCGCGCUCCCCGCCGCGCGGGAUUUCCCCGGGUUCCGCGGAACCCAUGUCCGCGGACGCCUUCUCCGCCGCGCCGUUCGGCUCCCCCUACCACUCUUCCGCCUCUGUCAGCGCAACCUUCCCCGCGAGCUCCCCCGCGUCUCCGUUCCCCGCGCCGUCGUGCGCGGGCUCGUGCUUCUUCCCCGCGGCGGGGGCUCCUCCUCCCCCACGGCCUCCGCUUCCCGCUCCGCUUCCGCCUACGCUUCCGCUUCCGCCGCCGCGGCAGGUGGACUGCCGGCGCAUGAACCCGCCUCUGGGGCGGUUGAUUUCGCGCCUGUGCGGGUUCCAGUCGGGGAUAAUGCAGCGCCGCCAGCACGUGUUCGUGAUGCACCACGGGGAGCGCGCGGACGCCGCCGACCCCCUGUGGGCGCGGAGAGAGGGCGCGGAGCGCGCGUGGGACCCGCCCCUGUCGGAAUGGGGGAAAUACCAGGCUUAUGAGGUGGGCAUGAGGCUGAGGCAGGAGGGGUGGGGAGUCACGCGCAUCGUGUACCUCUUGCUCUCCCUGUCCCGACUCGCUCCCUUCCCCUACUCUCUUCGCCUCUCCAACCCCUCUUUCCCCCUUGCCCCCUCUACCUCCCCAAUACCCCCUUCCCCUUUUCCUCACGUGAAGCAGGCCCCUACCAACCCACAUUGUUUGCUCAGCAUUCCUCCCAUCUCUUCUCCCCUCCCUCUUCCCUUUCUUCUCCUCCUUUCCUCGCUGCCUUCACAUACCCCUCUCCCUCCCACCUUCCGUUACCCUCCCCCAACCCCCGCCUUCCCUUUACCCUCUUCUCCGUUGCCUUCCAAUACCCUCCCCCCUUUACACUUCCCGCAGCAAUCAUCCCUCACGCCUCAGCCGAGCCUGGCCCUCCCCCCGGACCGCAAGCGCAAGUUCGGCAUGUGGGACGGGGCAUGGCAGGGCGCGGGAGGCGUGGGGGGGGAGGUGAGAGUAGCAGUUCACUACGGGCUGCAUGAGGUGGUCCGGCAGGGGGAGGGAGGGGCAGAGGCUGGCAACUCUGGUAAUAGCAAUUCUGCUGCCUCGCUGGCACCUCGCGAUUGGCUGGAAGGCAUGUUCCCGCCGGGCGCAGUGGACAGGAUUCUGCCAGUUGUCGCUGGGUCGGCAGCUGCUGCUGCUGACGUGGCACUGCCAGGCUGGCCUGAGGACGUGGAGGAGGCAGCGUUGCGGCUGCUGCGGUCAAUUGACCACGUGGCAGAGCAGGUGGGCAGAGGGAGGGGACAGGUGGGCAAAAGGAGGGGGGAGGGGGGCGGGGCAAAGUGGGAGGGGAACAAAGUGGGGCAGGGAGGUGGCCGGGAGGAGGGAAGAUGGGUGACUCAUCUGUUCCAUGUCAACUUUACAUACCUUCUGUUGCACUCCCUCCUUUCUGUACGCACCCUCUGCUGUGCUCCCUUCCUCCUUGUGCCAUGCCAUGCCCUGCAGUGGCAGGAUGAGAAUAUCAUAGUCUGGCAGGAUGAGAACAUCAUAGUCGUCAGUCACUCCGAUGCCGUGCACGCGUCCAUCCUUCGAUGCAGGAAGCAUGCCACUGUUCACAACAUUUUGACAGCAGGUUAUGUGCACACACAGAGGAAUGUGUAUCGGGACCAAGAGGACGAGGAGGAGAGAGGCGUUGGCCAAUGGCAGCUUGCGUCUCGCUCUGGGAGCACAGGAAUUUUCUUUAAUUAA